AAAGCUGUUAAUACAGUGGUACCUCGGUUAACGAUGGUAAUCCGUUCCAAGACGACCAUCAUUAAGCGAAGCACAAUUUUCUAUAGCAUAUAAUGGAAAACCAAUUAAUUCGUCCAGACCUAAGGUUACUUGAUAGAAUUAUAAAUCCUUAAAAACUUAAUGAAAAUGUAACUAUUUAUUUUUUGAAAUUUUCAAUUGCUAUUAUGACCCAUUCAGUGAUCAUUAAAGAAAAAAAAUCAGCUUUUAAGCUAAAAGAAAACCACUGUAUUUGUUAUUUAUGGCGUUGUAGUGAGGUUUUGGACUUUGAAUUAACGGAUAUAUCACAAGCAUGGCACGCAUCACACUGGGAAUGCAAUGUUUUUGGGGCGCGGAAGCAAUUUUUGGUUCCCAUUUAGGAAUAAUUAGAACCAGAGUUGGAUACUCAGGUGGUUCAACCAAGAAUCCAACUUAUCGUAAUAUCGGUGAUCAUAUCGAAUCGGUGGACAUAGAGUUUGAUCCGAACACUAUUAAGUUUGAGGAAAUUCUCGAAUUGUUCAUGAAAUCACAUGAUCCUACUAUCAAACAUAAACGCCAAUACAUGUCAGCCAUAUUCUACAGAAAUGCAGAUGAAAAAAAUUGCAUAGAACAAUUUUUAGAGUUGAAAAAAUCCUACUAUUCCUCUCCAAUAGUGACUGGAAUUGUCCAGCUAGAUGAAUUUACAAAUGCAGAGAAUUAUCAUCAAAAAUAUUUUCUCCGUAAACAUCCAUCCAUUAUGCAAGAAACAGAUUUGCAAGAUGAUUCCAAAUUAAUUACAUCACCAUUAGCUGCUAAAUUGAAUGGAAUCUGUGCUGGUUUUGGAGCAAUUGAUUACAUCAAUGAACAAGACAAAGCAAAAUUGUCACAAAAAACAGCAAAUUUAUUGGAAACAUUUAUCAAAAACGGCCCAAACAUUGCCGAAUGUGGACUUUGAAAAAUAAUUUUUUCAAUGAUUGAUUAAAGUUUCAAAAAGUA